UAUAUGACAUCAAAUUGUUGCCUGUUGUCAGGCUACCUUGAGUUCUCUCCAGAGUGAGAAAGAUGGGAUGGGAUAUAAAUAUGGUAAAUAAAUAAAUAAAAUAAUAAAAUCUCCACUCACCAUUUAGGUUGGUGUGUGGUUCGAUCAGUCCUGCAGUGGCUAAACACUACACAGGACUGAUCUGAAUUAAUCUGGAGGAAAGCCGCUUAACCCUGGGGAAACUAACUCAGAGUAAAUCCCAAAUUCUGAAGCGGAAUUUGGGUUGCCCUCCAUAUUAGAAACUGUUGAAGUAGCUGGGCUGGUUCCCUAGCAGCCAUUUCAAACUCCCCCAUGGUCAUUUUACUACAUUCCUGGAUAUAAAAAAUGCAAACCUUCCCAUGUUUAGAUUCUAUAUUACUGGGCUGAGUUUUAUCUAAAUUCUGGUACUAUUUGCCUCAUUUGCUUUAAUGCCAAUUUCUAACUCCUGUAAGUUGUGGGCAUAUGACUCUCAGACUGCACUUUCCCCAUACCUACUGUAGCUUAUAAGCUUUCAAUACAAUUUUUCCUGUAAACCCUGAGCAGUUAAAUUUUAAUAAGUCAGUAUGUUAAAGUAAUGUUUAACCUUAAAUAAAAAGCUCAUCAGAUAAAAAGAGCAUGCACUAUCGCAUUCCUCCUUUCUGUUCCUAUUUAACAGGGACCUUGGGCAUUUCUUGACAAGACGUAUACUUAUUGCUUCUGUGUCAGCUAAUUCCUUUUCACCUACCUAUAAAAUAAUUCCUGCAGAAUUGCUCUGGAAUGAACUGGAGUUCUGACUGUAUAUUGAGGUCACAUUUGGUUUUCUUGGAUAUAUAACUGAUAAAUCAUGGAGAAGUAGUUCUUAGCUUGCUUUGGAGAAUAAUUUAAGUUACAAAACAGGCAAACAAAACGUGACUCAGGGCCUGCUAUAAGCACAAUGACCAGCUUCAUCCAUCCUGAGGUUACAAAUUUUGUUGCCUGGGACUAUGUUGUCUUUGCUGCCCUAUUUCUCAUUUCCUCUGGAAUAGGAGUCUUUUUUGCAAUUAAAGACAGGAAAAAAACAACUUCUGGGGACUUUUUAGUAGGCGGACGGCAGAUGACUUGUGGACCAGUAGCCCUGUCUCUCACUGCCAGUUUCAUGUCUGCAGUGACUGUGUUGGGAACUCCAGCUGAAGUGUAUCGUCAUGGCUCUGCCUUCAUUCUCUUCUCCAUAGCAUAUACAUUUGUCAUCAUUUUUACUUCAGAACUUUUCCUGCCUGUAUUCUACAGAUCUGGAAUCACAAGUACUUAUGAGUAUUUGGAGCUGAGGUUUAACAAACCUGUUCGCAUUGCUGCAACCCUGAUUUACAUAGUACAGACGAUUCUUUACACUGGAGUGGUAGUCUAUGCACCAGCUUUGGCUCUCAACCAAGUGACUGGAUUUAAUCUUUGGGGCUCUGUAUUUGCGACAGGAAUAGUCUGUACCUUCUACUGUACAUUGGGAGGAUUAAAAGCUGUUGUCUGGACAGAUGCCUUUCAACUGGUUGUUAUGCUCAUUGGGUUCUUAACUGUUUUAAUUCAAGGAACUCUUCAGAAUGGGGGCCUUACAAACAUUUGGGAAAUUGCUGAAAAUGGAUCACGCCUCAAUGUAUUUGACUUUGAUAUUGAUCCCUUGAGAAGACACACAUUUUGGACAAUUGCAGUGGGAGGAACAUUUACCUGGUUAGGAAUCUAUGGAGUAAAUCAGUCUACCAUACAAAGAUGCAUUGCCUGCAAAACAAAAGUGCAUGCUAAGCUAGCAUUAUAUCUUAAUUUACUGGGUCUGUGGAUUAUCCUGGUAUGUGCUGUCCUUUGUGGAUUGGUGAUGUAUUCCCAUUUUAGGAGCUGUGAUCCCUGGACUGCUAAAUUCAUUUCAGCACCAGAUCAGCUAAUGCCAUAUUUUGUUAUGAUUAUCUUUUCCUGGGCCCCAGGACUUCCUGGAUUAUUUGUUGCUUGUGCCUUCAGUGGAACACUCAGUACAGUGGCGGCAAGUAUUAAUGCUCUGGCGACGGUCACAUCUGAAGAUUUGGUCAAGUACUUCUUCCCACAUCUCUCUGAACGUGUUAGCACCUGGAUCAGCAAAGGCUUGUGCAUAGUAUUUGGAGUGAUCUGUACUUCAAUGGCUGUAGCAGCAUCACUCAUGGGUGGUGUUGUGCAGGCCUCACUUAGCAUUCAUGGAAUGUGCGGGGGACCUAUGCUGGGAUUAUUUACACUGGGAAUUGUUUUUCCUUGUACCAACUGGAAAGGUGCCUUUGGAGGUCUUCUUACUGGAAUAACCUUGGCAUUUUGGGUUGGCAUUGGAGCCUUUGUGUACCCUGCUCCCUCUUCAAAGUCCUUACCUUUGCACCUUUCAACAGCUGGGUGUAUGACCAAUAAUUCAGAGACUGUUACUACAAUGAUUCCUACUUUACCUCCUGUCAGGCCUCAUCUGGCAGAUACCUGGUAUUCUUUGUCAUAUCUUUACUACAGUGCAGUUGGAUGCAUUGGAUGCAUUCUGGCAGGACUUCUGAUCAGUUUUGUGACAGGUCCAAGUAAAGGAAAAGAUAUCAAACCAACAUUAAUUCGCCCAGUCUGUAACAUAUUUUGCUUCUGGUCUCAAAAAUGCAAAAUGUUUUGGUGGUGUGGAGUGGAUCAAGAGGACAGCAAAGCCCUUCAUGAGGGAUCGAGCAAUGACCAACUAAAAGAUCUCUCAGAAAAGGCGAAUGCCACCAAUGAGCUCAAGAAUGGUUUGAAUAAUGUAGUUCAGAGUCAUCUGCCUGGUUAUAACCCAUAUGAACAAUCCUACACUAAUCCAAGUGUAGAGAAAGAAUCUCAGUUUUAGCAUGACUCAAAGAUAUGCAGUUAACCAUAGGAAUUGCAUAGUAUUACCCCAGCUUUGGGGAAAAAAUCCACUGGGAAUGUAACUAACUGAGGCGAUACAUAUUUAUAACUUAAUGGAAAGUAAUUUUUAUUUACUCAACUCAUUCCAUAACAGAGGCGGUAACCUAAAACUCAUAAAAAGCUAAUUUUAUAAAAAGUCUGCUUUUUUU